UCGUACGUCAUCGGGCACGCGCGCAUUGAACUCGCAGAUCAAAAUAAUUGCGCCAUCAGAUCCAUCAGUUGUUAAGUUUGUUAGGUUUUAUUAGAUUUAAAUCCCGCGCGUUCGGUUCCUUCCGGAUUAUGGAUGAGAAAGACCCCGAUGUCGGAGCCUUUGAUCCAAGCAUUCCUGAGGAGGGUCCUUCAGUGCCACCUGCAGGCUGGUUGGAUAGUGUGACAGGCUAUGAAGACCAUAAAGGUGUGGACUGCACAGAUCAGCUCUACCCUCCUCCACCAGACUUCAUUCCUGAGCCUGAGAAUAACAGGAGUGCCUUCAUCGCCAAUGUGAUGGUGCCUCAGGUGUCAGAAGAGGUAGCCAGGGAGGCUUUGCUCAAGUUUGUGGGGAAAAAAUGGACGUACAGCAGCAAACCCGCCCAGAACCUUGUCUUCAAGAAUUUAAGGCCUUUUACAGUGUAUCGUUAUCGCUUGGAAACAUUUACAGAGUCCAGAUCAAGUGCCUGGGAACAUGAAAUAUAUACUGGUCAAUAUGUGGACGGACCACAGUAUGGCAGCAUCCCUCCUCCAUGGCAGGUAGAAGUGCAAUAUCCACCCAAGUUCACAGACACUGUCCAGAAAGUGCGUGUACCUCACACCUCAACAGUAAAGCCUUGUCAUCAGUGCCAAGGGAAAGGACGUGUGCGUUGCACACACUGCCGUAGCAGAGGAUGGACCAGCUGUAUGUCCUGUCAUGGUGCCGUACACGGCCGAAACAGAAGAUGUGUUGGCUGCCAUGGUAGGGGAAGAAAAAUCUGUACAUGGUGCCAUGGUAGUGGUCAUAAAACAUGCCGCAAGUGUAAUGGCAGGAAAAAGCUUUUGCAUUUCAUUCAACUCACUGUUUCAUGGAAGAACCAAGUGUUUGAGUUCAUACCCAACCGACUGCUUGACUUUCCCAUGAAGAAGUUUGAGAAGGUGUCUGGAGAAGCAUUCUUUAUUGAUGAAAGUCUCCUGGUCUAUCCAAUCACAGGCUUUCCUGACAAUGAGAUUUGCUAUGCCUCUAGAGAAGCCAUCCACGAGCACUUGAUUAAAUACUCAUCUGUCAGUCGCAUCUUGCAACAGAGACAGUCAGUAGAGCUGGUGCCUCUUACUCAAGCCUUCUACUGCUACAAUGGCAAAGACUAUGACUAUUUCGUUUAUGGGACAGAAAAGAAAGUUCACACCACAAAAUAUCCAACUUCCUGCACUGUCCUGUAGCAUCUUAUAACCUGCAUCAAUGUAAUGUUAAAUCAACGUAAUGUGAAAAAAAAACCUUGGUCAUAUUUUUUAUUGUUAAAUUCUGGCUGCUGAGCAGUGCAUUACAGAAAGUAUAAUGAAAUGAAGUUUUUUUUGUUAUAUAUUACAAUAUAUAAUAAGUGCUAAUGUAACAAGGAAUUCCAAAAGAUUUGUCAGUUACAAGGAAUAUAUGUAACAUAUUAAUGCAUAUAUAAACAUUUCAGAUUGUGUAGUGAUGGAUUAUAUGUUCAAUAUGUACAAGGGGCAUUCAAAUCGCAAGAAUAUUUUAGAUUGUGCAGAAUAGCAACACAGUUAUGAGAGUUUAGUUUAUGAGAGUAACCUCCCUUUAUUUCCGGGCUUUACUAGUGCUUGAUAGCAUCAAGGUAGAAAGUUUUCUCAGUUUGCCGGAGCCUUAAUCAGACUGCCUGCUUCACAUCUGAAAUUCUGGCGUCCCAGGAACUCCUUUAAUGACUUAAACAUGUGGAAAUCGCUUGGAAUGAGGUCAGGAUUGUACGUGGGAUUGAGAAAUAAUUUCCAUCUUGUUCUUGUAUUGUGCAAGUGAUGAUUGUGGUAGAUUGCAUGUACAAUUCCUACAGACAGAUGCAUCAAGUUCUGAAAGUGGCGACAGGCUAUCCAUCAAUUUUCAAGGACCAGGCGUUCCACUUGCAGAAUGUUCAAGGGAAUGACUGCAGUGGGCUCUGAGCCACCUCAGCCAGGAUCAUCAUUCGUGGACGCACAGCACAGCCUUCUUUAAAACAUUUGCACCACUGAAAUGUUUCACUGAGUACUGUUUACUGUUGUAAUUGGAAAUUUGUUUUAUGCCUUUAGUCCGUAUGCCCCUCAUAAUCUUUUAAACUAUUUAUUAUUAUUAUUAUUAUUAUUAUAAAUCAGUUAUUAUAUCUCAUGUCAAGUUGGAUCACUUUAUAUACAGUUCAUUGAAUACUUUUUUUACUAAAUAUUUAUAUGCCCAUGUGUAAUUGGCAUCUGAU